UUGCCAGUAACAAGGACUAUUUGUAGUGGUGAGAGCUUUACUUUGGCUAUAUGCUGCACUAUGUCAGUUUAGUCCGCACAGUUAUUUACUUAAGCCCCAUUCCGCAACCAUUUAGAGUAGCGCAGCUCCUCUUCAGUGUGAGAGUGUACCUGACGAGUAACGAGAGCUCUCUUUGGGUCUCUUUUCUAUCACGGCACUCUGUCGGCAGAGGAUGUCUGCACAGGUCCCCUGACUCAGCAGGUGGAGGGUUAUGCAUGUUACGCUGCGGAGGGAAGGCCUACGACCCCAGCAGUGGCCAGAUGAAGUCCGUUGCCGGGACUCUGUACGACCUGCAGGUUCAGGACAGGCUCUCAGAGGAUGCCCAGUGCUGUGGGAAUGUCCUGAUGGAGGCCGGCUCCACCUGCUGCUCCGACCCAGGACUAGACCUGCUCUACCCUACCCAGCCAGGGUUCACCUGCUGUGGGCACCGCUACCCCAACUCCUCCCUGUGGUCUUGCCGUGCGGGGGUCCUGCACCCAAGGCUUGAACCACACACCACCAGCAUGAACAUGACUCCAGGACCUAGGAUUCUACCACUGGGGAGCCUGAAGACGGAAGUCCUGUGUGACACCAGAGGUAAAGCCUCCAGUUUGAAGCACAGGAUGAAAGGAAUCAUGAAAAUACAGUGGGAAGCACUUGACUCCCUUUGGGAAGCACUUUGACUCAUUGAUGUACAGUAGCUUCACAACACUGAUCUAAAGUGUGUGUGUCCAGUUCUGCUAGGGACAGUGGAGAGUGUGUCUGUGAAGAGGAAUGAGCGGUCCAUCGUGAUGGGGAACGUCAUGUUCAUGCAGGCCUUGUGUGGCCCUGUCAACGCCCUGCCUGCCCCUCACUACGUCACAUUACCUGACCACUGCAGCUCUACUGAACUGGUGCCGGGCAACACUGACAUCUGGGUGGAAACAAGACAUUUCUCAGACACAGUAAACUUAAUCUCUGAUCAAUGUUUUUUGAUGCUAUACGGUGUUUGUUUAUAUUUACAUUGUUUACAAACAAUAGCUUUAAAAAAAAACUACUUUUGUGUUCUGAUGGGGAAGGACAGUUUAUCUAAACUCGUGAGGCACACGUUAUAUUCUUCAAGAAUCAAUUGGUAUAUCAUUAGUUUACAGAUUGCCCCUUUAAGCUGUCAGUGGAUGUUUAAGAUAUUUUGAUUUGCUUACAAAAAACACGACCGUGUUUAUGCUCUCUCAUGAGUCAUAUCUCAGGAUAUGUAUGAUGUUUGUCUGGUUAGUGUUUUCUGUUAUUCUAUCUCAAAAGUUCCUUUUUAAUGUUAAUGCAUUUUUAUGCAGAUCCAGCUGACAAACCAGGCUGGGUCUGAUGUAACCAUAUAGACAGCAGAGAAGUUGCCUGAACAAGCAAGCUUUGUAGCCAUGAGCAAUGUUUCUCCUCAGGGUCAGUGGGAACCUGUCGUUCAGGGCAGUUUUGAGCCCCACCUGUUUAGCUAAAAUGAAAAUGAAAAUAUAUUAUACAGUACCGGUCAAAGGUUUGGACACACCAACUCAUUCAAGGGUUUUCCUUUAUUUGUACUAUUUUCUACAUUGUAGAAUAAUAGUGAAUACAUCAAAACUAUGACAUAACACAUAUGGAAUCAUGUAGUAACCAAAAAAGUGUUAAACAAAUCAAAAUAUAUUUUAUAUUCUUCAAAGUAGACACCCUUUGCCUUGAUGACAGCUUUGCACACUCUUGGCAUUCUCUCAACCAUCUUCACGAAGAAUGCUUUUCCAUCAGUCUUGAAGGAGUUCCCACAUAUGCUGAGCAAUCAAAUUUGGACUCAUCACACCAAAAACCAUGAAGGCCUGAUUUCAAGCAGUUUCCUGUGAACGGUUGACGUUGAGAUGUGUCUGUUACAUGAAUUAUGUGACGCAUUUAUUUGGGCUACAAUCGGAGGUGCAGUUAACUCUAAUGAACUUAUCCUCUGCAUCAGAGGAGAGCAAGUUUCAUUAUAGCGCUUGAUGGUUUUUGUGAAUGUUCCGUAUUGAUUGACCUUCAUGUCUUCAAGUAACGAUGGACUGUUGUUUCUCGUUGAUUAUUAGAGCUGUUCUUGCCAUAUGGACUUGGUCUUAUCAAAAUAGGGCUAUCUUCUGUAUACCACUCUUACCUUGGUCACAAUACAAAUGAUUAGCUCAAAUUCCACAAAUGAACUUUCAACAAGGCACACCUGUUAGCGGACGACACAACAGUGGUAGGCUUGAUGACCAACAACGACGAGACGGCCUACAGGGAGGAGGUGAGGGCCCUCGGAGUGUGGUGUCAGGAAAAUAACCUCACACUCAACGUCAACAAAACUAAGGAGAUGAUUGUGGACUUCAGGAAACAGCAGAGGGAACACCCCCCUAUCCACAUCGAUGGAACAGUAGUAGAGAGGGUAGCAAGUUUUAAGUUCCUCGGCAUACACAUCACAGACAAACUGAAUUGGUCCACCCACACAGAUAGCAUCGUGAAGAAGGCGCAGCAGCGCCUCUUCAACCUCAGGAGGCUGAAGAAAUUUGGCUUGUCACCAAAAGCACUCACAAACUUCUACAGAUGCACAAUCGAGAGCAUCCUGGCGGGCUGUAUCACCACCUGGUACGGCAACUGCUCUGCCCACAACCGUAAGGCUCUCCAGAGGGUAGUGAGGUCUGCACAACGUAUCACCGGGGGCAAACUACCUGUCCUCCAGGACUCCUACACCACCCGAUGUUACAGGAAGGUCAUAAAGAUCAUCAAGGACAACAACCACCCGAGCCACUGCCUGUUCACCCCGCUAUCAUCCAGAAGGCGAGGUCAGUACAGGUGCAUCAAAGCUGGGACAGAGAGACUGAAAAACAGCUUCUAUCUCAAGGCCAUCAGACUGUUAAACAGCCACCACUAACAUUGAGUGGCUGCUGCCAACACACUGACUCAACUCCAGCCACUUUAAUAAUGGGAAUUGAUGGGAAAUUAUGUAAAAUAUAUCACUAGCCACUUUAAACAAUGCUACCUAAUAUAAUGUUUACAUACCCUACAUUAUUCAUUUCAUAUGUAUACGUAUAUACUGUACUCUAUAUCAUCUACUGCAUCUUUAUGUAAUACAUGUAUCACUAGCCACUUUAACUAUGCCACUUUGUUUACAUACUCAUCUCAUAUGUAUAUACUGUACUCGAUACCAUCUACUGUAUCUUGCCUAUGCCGCUCUGUACCAUCACUCAUUCAUAUAUCUUUAUGUACAUAUUCUUUAUCCCCUUACACUUGUGUGUAUAAGACAGUAGUUUUGGAAUUGUUAGUUAGAUUACUUGUUGGUUAUUACUGCAUUGUCGGAACAAGAAGCACAAGCAUUUCGCUACACUCGCAUUAACAUCUGCUAACCAUGUGUAUGUGACAAAUAAAAUUUGAUUUGAUUUGAAUUGAAAUGCAUUCCAUGUGCUUACCUCUUGAAGCUGGUUAAAAGAAUGCCAAGAGUGUGCAAUCUGUCAUCAAGGCAAGGGGUGGCUACUUUGAAUAAUUUCAAAUAUACUUUGAUUUGUUUAACACUUUUUUUGGUUACUACGUGAUUCCAUAUGUGUCAUUUCAUUGUUUUGAUGUCUUCACUAUUAUUCUACAAUGUAGAAAAUAUUUUUAAAAAUUAAGAAAAACCCUUAAAUGAGGAGGUGAGUCCAAACUUUUGAUGGGUUCCCAUGCAAAACUAGACAGAUAGCUAACAGCUAAGUCUUCAAUAAAACUCCCAAGACGUGACUUUUCUUGAAUGAAUAUAUUGAAAACGUUUAUGUUGUGAAACUGCAAAAUACAGAAAAUAAUAUACUUUAGUAUUCAAUUCACACUGACAUACUGUAGCUGUACAUUACACAUUUGAAGUUGCAUAAAUACAAAGCACGUGCUACGGUACCAUGCAUUUGGCAUGAUGCCAAACCAUAUAGCUAAUUGUUACUCAUGUGGUAAUUGGCUAACUCCUUUCAUUACUCUAAUAAUGUACAACCAUCUAUGUAGAAUAACAAAGCAUAUUACACUAGAAACAGUAACAAAACUACAGUAUUGUAUAUUUUACAAUUAGUUUGCAUGACGCACGAGCAAAGUAAUACAGCUAACGGCAUACAUGAAAGGCAUUGCAAUUUGUAUGAGUAAAUGCAACCAAUCAACAUUGAUAUGUAAGCAACUCUAUCAAUGACAAGAUUAUCAUCACUAGCUAAAUGCUUGAAUCAAACUUACAAACAAAUAUUUUCCAAGGCUGAAGUGUGACAAGAAAUAACUACACUGAAAGACCUGCACCGUAGCGUUGUUUUUAGCUGCUUCUAUGCGUGCGGAACAAUUCCUGUUUGCGAAGUCUUUCUAAGUACCAGAAAGCUCCACUAGGGGGCGAAUAACACCAUGGAACACAAUGAAAAUCCAUCUUAACCAUUGUAAUAAAAUAAUCUGUUACCUUCUAAUAGGAUGGCAGCACACGGGUACUGUAUAUUAGAGGUCGACAGAUUAUGAUUUUUCAACGCCAAUACCGAUACCGAUUAUUGGAGGGCCAAAAAAAAGCCGAUACCGAUUAAUCGUCCGAUUUAAAAAUUAUAUAUAUUAUUAAAAAUAUAUAUUUAUUUGUAAUAAUGACAAUUACAACAAUACUGAAUGAACACUUAUUUUAACUUAAUAUAAUACAUCAAUAAAAUCAAUUUAGCCUCAAAUAAUUAAUGAAAUGUGUUCAAUUUGGUUUAAAUAAUGCAAAAGCAAAGUGUUGGAGAAGAAAGUAAAAGUGCAAUAUGUGUUAUGUAAGAAAGCUAACGUUGCAGUUCCUUGCUCAGAACAUGAGAACAUAUGAAAGCUGGUGGUUCCUUUUAACAUGAGUCUUCAAUAUUCUCAGGUAAGAAGUUUUAGGUUGUAGUUAUUAUAGGAAUUAUAGAACUAUUUCCCUCUAUAACAUUUGUAUUUCAUUAACCUUUGACUAUUGGAUGUUCUUAUAGGCACUUUAGUAUUGCCAGUGUAACAGUAUAGUAUAGCUUCCGUCCCUCUCCUCGCUCCUCCCUGGGCUCGAACCAGGAACACAAUGACAACGACACCAGCCGGUGUAAGGUUAAUACCAUGGGCUAGGAAAGGUUAAAUACAUUGGCCAUGCUGUCAACCCAGCAUGAUUUCUGCUAUGCUGAAAACAAAUGGAAACUCGGAAUUGGGAAGUUUCAGAUCUAAGUGAGUUCAAGAGAACUGAGAACUCUGGAAAAAAACUAGCUCCACUUGGGAAAAUACGUUUUGAACAGUCAUCUAACUCGAAAUUCCCAGUUCAUUGUUUGCUUAUAUGCCCAUCUUAUCCUACGGUUCUGACUUGCUGUACAGGGAAAACACUGUAAGAACGUCCCAUGUUCUGAAUUAUUUUGCUGUACAUUUAAAACGUGCUGAACAAGUAGUUAUAUUGACUACGUCCACCCUAGCUCGCUAAUUAAUGUCUUACGGAUUACGGAUUGCGGAUUGUCUCUUAUCCACUUGUCCCCUUAUGCCAUAGUUUGUACAUCUCAACUGUCCGUAGACAAGAGUGUGCAAAGCUCUCAUCAAGGCAAAGGGUGGCUACUUUGAAGAAUCUAAAAUCUAAAGUAUAUUUUGAUUUGUUUACAGCAUGAUUCCAUAUGUGUUAUUUCAUAGUUUUGAUGUCUUCACUAUCAUUCUACAAUGUAGAAAAUAGUAAAAAAUAAAUUCCACCUGGCGAUCUGCU